UGUGAGAAACGUUGUUUCUUGGAACAGUUUGAUUACUUGUUACGAGCAGAAUGGUCCUGCAAGGGAAGCAGUGGAAGUGUUUGUGAGGAUGAUGGAUUGUGGGUUCAAGCCGGACGAGUUGACUUUAGCGAGUGUGAUGGAGGGUAGUUUUGCGGAUGAGCUUUACUCAGAAAGUUUACAGCUAUCAAAAAUGCAAUUGGAUUCCGCAUCGAAUGUCACCAGUAAACAAAGUGGUUUAGAUGAUCAUGGUAAGGUUCAGUUGUCGGUUGACGAUGGAUCUUCAUGGUAUGGUUCUGAUGACGAAGUGAAUGAAGCAUCUGAUAUGGACAAGGAAUGGCAGAGGAGACAUGACCAAUUCUAUACGAUGGGAUACCGUGAUGGUCUUAUAGCAGGAAAGGAAGCUUCUUCUCAGGAGGGAUUUAAUAUUGGCUUUAAGCAAUCAGUCCUUGUCGGUUACAACUGGGGUCUUGUGAGAGGCGUUACAAGUGCUUUGGCUUCCCUUCCAGAUGGUAUAAGGGAGAAGUUGACUGAAACUGAAGAACAAAGAACUCGGUUUCAGGGGUUGUAUGAAUCUGUUCAUUCCCUUUCUACAACAGAUGCCCUUAGGUUGUUUAACGAUGAAAUCACAAGUAAAAAAGAUAGAGAACAAAUUGCAAGUUCAGAGACUAGUUCCUUUCAAGUUGAAACUGUUUCGGAAGAGCAAAGAGUAGACCAUAGAGGUCUAGGAGUUUACUCUGCAAAGCUCCGUUCACUUAUUUCGGAGUCUCCUGGAAUCAAAGUCAAUAUUCCCUGUGCCUGCAGCAAUGUUGAUCCCAAUAACACCAAUAAUAACCCCAUGUCAGAAUCUGCCCCAGAAGUUGUCCUCCUCAACCACAGCCACAACACCACCACCUUUGCUCAUGAAGAAAACUUCAAUAGGCUCUCCAUGGAAGAAGAGCUCUCUAAUUACUACCACAACACCGCCAUGGAAAUUGAGCAAUUUGAGAAUGAGACGGACCAAUUUAAUACCAGCAACCCUCAUUUGGUCAAUCCCUUUGAGACUCACCAAGCUACAAAUUGGGACAAUAAUGAUGAAAUGCAACAACAAUCAUCAUCACCUGAUAUGCUCAGCCUUUUUUACUCGCCCUCCUCUUCUGUGCUCCCACACUCCUCCAUUACCUUCACUAACCCCAAGAACCUGGGAGGUUGUUUCCCAGGGUCUUUCGGGUAUGGGGCCCUGCUGGAGCCCCCAUCUGGGGCGGCGGUCUCUUCGGUCAUGUAUGACCCAAUGAUCCACCUGAACCAGCAACCUCCGCAGUCGCAGCCGCCUCUGUUCAGGGAGCUGCUUCAGUCCCUGCCACAUCGAUACAACUUGGGUGGGCCCAGUAAUGGGUCUAUUUUAUUUAGCAAUGGUAGGAAUGAGGAAGAGCAUGGGAGUAGGCAAUUGUUUGAGAAUGGAGUAAUGGAGUUUUCUAAAGAGAUGAAGCCAUGUGGAAGAGGAAGAGGAAGAGGUAGAGGUGGGAAUAAAGGGACCAAGUUGACUGAGCACGAAAGGAGAGUCAAGACCAAUCGUCAGUAUACUGCUUUGAGGGAAUUGGUUCCGAAUCCAACCAAGUCUGAUCGAGCUUCUAUAGUGGGAGAUGCCAUUGAUUACAUACAAGAGCUCAGGAGGACUGUGAGUGAGCUGAAGCUGCUGGUGGAGAAGAAAAGGUAUGCGAGAGAGAGGAGCAAGAGGCACAAAACUGAGAAAGACAUUGUUGCCGGAGACAACGAUGAGAGCUGUAACAUGAAGCCUCUUGGUGACCCUGAUCAUGACCACUCCAACAAUGAGUCUCUGAGGAGUUCAUGGCUUCAAAGGAAGUCCAAAGACACUGAGGUUCUUGAUGAGUUACUGCUUGAACUCCAUCAUGCUUCAGGUGGACACAUUGGGAAUUCAUACAGUUUUUUGUUCAACACCAAGAUGUAUGAAGGGUCUUGUUUGUAUGCAAGUGCCAUUGCCAACAAGCUCAUCGAGGCUCUGGACAGACAAUAUGCAGCAAUUCCCCCUACCAAUAAUUCGGCAAUGACGAGGGUCUACGGCACCGGCGCGUACGAUUUCAAGCGUCACCACGUCGCCGAGUACCCGGUUGGCGACAAGCCGGUCGAGGCCAAGCCCGGCGCCGCGCUCCCGAGCUCGAUUACCUUGUCGGAGAUUCAGCGCGAUCAGCUCACCGUGAUUGCCGCCGCGAACUGGUCCAGGGUCGGCGACGCCAAGGAGAAGAAGCCGGCGUUUGAUCCGGAGCUGGUGAAGAGGAUUUACGAGACGGAGCUUCGUGUGAAGGAGGGGGAGAGGAAGACGGUGCCGUUGCAGAGAGUCAUGAUUUUGGAGGUCAGCCAGUACUUGGAGAACUAUCUGUUCCCGAAUUUUGAUGCCGAAACGGCCACGUUUGAGCAUGUUAUGUCUAUGAUUCUUAUGGUCAAUGAGAAGUUUCGAGAGAAUGUGGCUGCUUGGGUGUGCUUUUAUGACCGGAAAGAUGCGUUUAAGGGAUUCCUUGGAAGGGUUCUUGGGCUUAAAUCGAGUUUGGAAGAUGAGAUAGUCAGUGAGACUGUCCUUAGAUUGGCAAGUUUCCAAUCCUGGCACAGUUUGUCGUAUGGUCGUUUUCAGAUGGAGCUUGGUUUAAAUUCAGAUUUGAUCAAGAAAUGGAGAAGGAUGGUAAAGAGGGAAGCUGCAAAACAUGGAGAGUCUUUUAACCCAUCAACUGCACUUGAAGUACAGUUCUUAAGAAAUCUCAUUGAAGAGUUCCUAGAGAUACUUGAUUCCAAAGUCUUACGGCCAAAUCAUGGUGUCAACGGAGAGGAUCAACUUCUUGAUGUUAAUGGAAUGGAACACGUUGAUGAUGCUUGUGUUUUGUACUGUGAGAGGUUUGUGGAAUUUCUUAUUGACCUCUUGAGCCAGCUACCAACAAGGAGGUACUUGAGGCCACUUGUAGCGGAUGUUGCUGUUGUUCCCAAAUGCCACUUGAGUGCUUUGUAUAGACAUGAAAAGGGGAAGCUCUUUACCCAACUUGUCGACUUGCUACAAUUUUAUGAAGGGUUUGAGAUAAAUGAUAAUGUUGGGAAACAAUUGACUGAUGAUGAAGUGCUCCAAUCUCAUUAUGAUCGCGUACAAUCUUUCCAGCUGCUUGCUUUUAAAAAGAUUCCUAAGUUGAAAGAGCUUGCAUUGGCUAACAUUGGUUCAAUUGACAACCGAAAUGAUCUUACCAAGAGAUUGUCUGUACUUUCUCCUGAAGAAUUGAAGGAUUUGGUUUGCUCAAAGUUGAAGCUGAUUUCUAAGAAUGAUCCUUGGUCAUCCAGGGUUGAUUUCCUUACUGAAGUGAUGGUUUCCUUUUUCAAGAGGCAACAGUCUCAAAAAGAGAAAAUAAAUGCUCUUCCACUGUAUCCAAAUGAGCUGAUCAUGUGGGAUGAAAGCCUUGUGCCAAGCAUUAAUUACUCUGGAGAAGGUUGUCUGGCUCUUCCAAAACUUAAUCUACAAUUCUUGACGCUGCAUGAUUAUCUCCUGAGAAAUUUUGAUCUCUUCCGUCUUGAAUCAACAUAUGAGAUUCGUGAGGAUAUUCAAGAGGCUGUGCCACAUCUUAAUGCCUGCAUUAAUAAUGAGGGAGAAACUGUUUUCCGUGGUUGGUCAAGGAUGGCUGUGCCGAUUAAAGAAUUUAAGAUCAGUGAGGUAAAACAGCCAAAUAUUGGAGAAGUUAAGCCAGCUGCUGUGACAGCUGAAAUCACUUAUAGUAUAUCCAGUUAUAAAGCACAGGUGCGAUCAGAAUGGAAUGCUCUUAAAGAGCAUGAUGUUCUAUUUUUACUUUCUAUACGCCCUUCCUUUGAGCCUCUAAGCGCAGAAGAGGGUGCUAAGGCUAGUGUGCCUCAGAAGCUUGGUCUUCAAUAUGUACGGGGUUGUGAAAUCAUUGAGGUUCGUGAUGAGGAAGGAACUCUAAUGAAUGAUUUCACUGGAAGAAUUAAACGGGAUGAGUGGAAGCCUCCAAAAGGAGAAUUGAGAACUUUGACUGUUGCUUUGGAUACUGCACAAUACUACAUGGAUGUCAGCAACACUGCUGCAAAGGGUGCAGAAGAUGUUUAUGGGACAUUCAAUAUUUUGAUGAGAAGAAAGCCCAAGGAAAAUAAUUUCAAAGCAAUUUUAGAAUCUAUUAGAGAUCUUAUGAAUGAAUAUUGUAUUGUUCCUGACUGGUUGCACAAAACAUUUCUGGGGUAUGGUAAUCCUUCUGCCGCACAAUGGACUAAUAUGCCAGAUCUCUUAGAAACAGUAGAUUUUAAGGAUACUUUCCUUGAUGCGGACCAUCUGAGGGAGUGUUUUCCAGACUAUCAGGUAUUCUUUGUGAGUCCAGAUGGUACAGAAAAUAUGGAUCCAAGGCCUCCUUUUCGAGUAAGGCUUCCCAAGACGAUCAAAAGCAGCACUAAUGCUCUUGCAGGCAAUAAGAAAGCAAAGAUGAGUUCUAUGAGUGAUGUCCCCAUUGAGGACUCUGAUAAGGGGAACGAAAAAUUUGUUGUUGAAGCAUACACCCCUCCUGACCCAGGUCCAUAUCCCCAAGACCAGCCAAGGCAGAACUCAGUUAGGUUUACACCCACUCAGGUUGGAGCAAUCCUCUCAGGUAUUCAGCCAGGACUAACAAUGGUUGUGGGUCCACCUGGUACGGGAAAGACUGAUACAGCUGUGCAAAUUCUGAAUGUUCUGUAUCAUAAUUGUCCAUCUCAGAGAACUUUGAUAAUAACUCACUCGAACCAGGCUCUGAAUGACCUUUUUGAAAAGAUAAUGCAGAGGGAUGUACCUGCACGCUAUCUUCUUCGACUUGGGCAAGGAGAACAAGAGCUAGCAACUGAUCUUGACUUCAGUCGGCAAGGCCGUGUCAAUGCCAUGCUUGUGAGGCGGUUGGAGUUGCUUAGUGAAGUGGAGAGGCUGGCAAGAUCUCUCCAAUUGCCUGAGGAUGUUGGUUAUACAUGUGAAACUGCUGGAUACUUUUGGUUGCUUCAUGUAUACUCGCGCUGGGAGCUAUUCCUGGCUGCUUGUAACGAAAAUAAAAAUAAACAGUCAUUUGUUAAAGAUCGAUUUCCUUUCAAGGAAUUCUUCUCCGACUCUCCAAAGCCGGUUUUUACUGGUGAGUCAUUCGAGAAAGAUAUGCGAGCAGCUAAGGGUUGCUUUCGUCAUCUAAAGACUGUGUUUCAGGAGCUUGAAGAGUGUAGGGCUUUUGAGUUACUGAAGUCUACAGCUGAUCGAGCAAACUACUUGAUGACUAAGCAGGCAAAGAUAGUAGCCAUGACAUGCACUCACGCAGCUCUGAAGAGGAAGGAUUUCCUCCAGUUAGGUUUCAAGUAUGAUAACUUGCUAAUGGAAGAAAGUGCUCAAAUUUUGGAGAUCGAAACUUUUAUUCCAAUGUUGCUCCAGAGGCAAGAAGAUGGUUAUGCACGGCUUAAACGUUGCAUCCUGAUUGGUGAUCAUCACCAGUUGCCUCCUGUUGUCAAGAAUAUGGCCUUUCAAAAGUAUAGCCAUAUGGACCAGAGUCUCUUUACAAGGUUUGUUCGUUUGGGCAUUCCUUACAUUGAACUUAAUGCCCAAGGUAGGGCCAGGCCAAGUAUAGCCAAACUUUACAACUGGAGGUAUAGAGAAUUGGGAGACCUUCCCUAUGUAAAGCAAGAUGCCAUUUUCAAAAGAGCAAAUUCUGGAUUCUCCUUUGAAUAUCAGUUGGUGGAUGUACCAGAUUACCAUGACAGAGGUGAGUCUGCCCCAUCACCUUGGUUCUACCAAAAUGAGGGAGAAGCUGAAUAUGUUGUCAGUGUGUAUAUUUACAUGCGUCUACUUGGGUAUCCUGCAAACAAGAUAUCAAUAUUGACCACUUAUAAUGGCCAGAAGCUUUUAAUCCGUGAUGUUAUUAACAGACGAUGUGCUCCGUACGACUUCAUAGGCCCUCCCAGCAAGGUGACCACAGUUGACAAAUUUCAGGGUCAGCAGAAUGAUUUUAUAUUGCUCUCUCUGGUGCGUACUCGCUUUGUGGGUCACCUUCGUGAUGUUCGGAGAUUGAUUGUUGCCAUGUCUCGUGCCCGAUUGGGUUUGUAUGUGUUUUGCCGCCGUUCUUUGUUUGAGCAAUGCUAUGAACUUCAGCCUACAUUCCAACAUUUACUUCAGAGACCUGAUUGCCUUGCUCUUAAUUUUAAUGAGACUACACCACACACAGAACGCCAUGUUGAAGAAACGGGGCCUGUCCAUCUUGUAAGCAGUGUUGAUGAGAUGAUCAGUAUCUACCAGCAGCUCUAUGCGGUGAAGUUUCAUCAGUAUGUGGCUCCUUCAAUUCUGCAAACAUCUAUGUCUGGGCAGGAUCCUAUGGAUGCAGAUAUCCCUGUAUCUGCUGAUGGGGUGCCAGAUGAUACACCGCAUGUAAGCAAUUCGGAACUGGAGGACAACGGCCGAAAAGUGGAUUCGUCAGUUGAGAAUCAUUCAAAUGGGGUGACAGAAAUGGAAACUAGUCUGGAUGAUGCUCAUGUGGUUCCCGAAAGCAAUUCAGACCAAGUGAGAAUGGAAGAGUAGUCUAGCAAAUGGUAGGGAAUUUGUUUUUCUUGGUUGCUAAAUCUGCUUUAGAUUUUGAGUUCGGUUCCUAGAGUGUACGGCAUUGGUAGCCAGAGAUGAAGUAUAUGAAGGCCAACAUGCCACACUUCAGUUUUGUCACUGUUUGUGGGAUUGAAAUCACUAAUUUGAGUGAACAUGUAUUCUGUACAGAGAAUCUUAUAAAAUUUCGUGUACC